GCCGAGGGGGCGGCGCGCUGAGCUCAGAGCUGCCGCAGCGCAGGAGCCGGAGCCGGAGCGCGAGCAAGUGGGGCUCUCGGCGCGAGCGGCGGCAGGCGGCGCACCCCAGGCCCGAGCACUGCUGCGCCCGGCUCAGGUCCUGUGCUCCGCCUGCUGCAGACCGACCUCAGCGCCUUGCCACGGCCCGAUCCCCCCGCUGGCCCCGAGCCCACCCCGGCCCGGCCUACCCGAGCCUCUGCGUCUUCCCGCCGCAGCCGCUCCAGUCCCAGCUCGGCCCCGCAUCCAGGCCGCCAGGAUGGACGUGUUCAUGAAGGGCCUGUCCAUGGCCAAGGAGGGCGUCGUGGCCGCCGCGGAGAAAACCAAGCAGGGGGUCACGGAGGCGGCGGAGAAGACCAAGGAGGGAGUCCUCUACGUCGGAAACAAGACCCGAGAAGGGGUGGUACAAGGAGUCACCUCAGUGGCUGAGAAAACCAAGGAGCAGGCGUCACAUCUGGGAGGAGCUAUGUUCUCUGGGGCUGGGAACAUCGCAGCAGCCACAGGCCUGAUGAAGAAGGAGGAAUUCCCCACUGAUCUGAAGCCUGAGGAAGUGGCCCAGGAAGCUGCGGAGGAGUCACUGAUAGAGCCCCUGAUGGAGCCAGAAGGAGUGAGCUAUGAGGAAUCGCCCCAGGAGGAGUAUCAGGAGUAUGAGCCAGAGGCCUAAGGGGCCAGGAGGGCCCCCCACCAGCAGCACAAUUCUUUCCUGGUCCCUGCCUCACCUCCCAGAGCCAGGGCUGUCCUUCAACCCCUGCUCCCCAAAUACGAGAUCUUCCUACACUCCAAGGCGCCCCCUCGGAGCCUGUGUUAGUAUCUGUCCAUCUGUCUGUCCUACCUGCCAGCAUCCAACCCUGGGGCGUGGACAGGGCCUGGCCUGCAGACGACAAGGGCAGCCUCGCCGCCCCACCUGUGUUGCCCUGCCCGCCCCAUCCUGUCCAGUGUCUGCGCGGAUGUAGCAUGUUCUAUGUGUUUUUAAACCAAGAUCCGAAAGCGACGGCGCCCUACCCCACCCAACAGAGGCUCUCGGAGAGACCCCUCCAGAAUCCCCCACUCCACUCCCACAUCGACCCCAAAACCUUUUUUUUUUUUUUACCAAAACCAGGAGUCAGGCUGUGCCAUACCCCUCCCCCAGCCGGUCCGGUCCAAGCGCGGGCGUUGUGUGUCGUGAUUGUGGCAUGGAGAGUCCCCCAGCCCCUGUGUGAGCGUGUUCUGGGCGGGCGGCCCAGCCGCCCCCGACAUGUCCGUGAAUAAAGUCAACCUGUCUGUA